AAGGGAGAAGGGAGGGAGCUGCGGACGCGCCUGGUGGGACGCUGCCCUGCUGCGUGCGCUAAGGGGGUUUUGGGAGGAAAGAAAACGAGAGGGGCUUUUUGUCAUUUCGAAAUACUGGAAUGCUGGCUUUUCUUGGCUUGCCUAGGAGAAUUUCUUGGGGUUUUCCGGCUAAAACUAAGGAGCUUUUGGGAAGUUUAAUGAAAGGAUGGCUAUUCCCAGCAGUACAAGCUUCCCUUCUUCUGAAGUACUGUAAUCGUAGAGUUACUGCCAUUUCUGCUCCGUGGGAAGUCACCUAACAGUCCAAAACCCCUGGGAUGUUUUAAGACACUUGUCCAGCACGUUCCAGAGGACUCGUGUAGGAAUGGCUAAGCUGCUUGCACUGGGGUCCUGCUGUGUGCUCGGGGACCUUGCAGAUGUGCAGCAUCCCUUUCAGCAUUACCUGCUGUGAUUCCAGUACCCUUUCAAUAUCUAAAGAGGGGCUAUAAGGGAACAGACUCUUUAGCGAGGUCUGUGGUGAUAAGACAAGGAAAAAUGGUUUCAAACAAGAAGAGGGGAGAUUUAGGUUGGAUAUAAGGAAGAAGCUUUUUUUACCAUGAGGGCUGUGAGGCACUAGAACAGUUUACCCAGAGGGGUGGUGGAUGCCCUAUCCUUGGUGAUGUUCAGUGUUAGGAUGGAUGGGGCUCCAUGCAUCCUGUUCAAGCUGUAGAUGUCCCUGUCUAUUUUAGGGGAGUUGGACCAGAUGACUUUUAAAGGUCCCUUUCAAUUCUAUGGUUCUGUGCAUCUCAUUUAAUUAAUCUGUCCAAUAUGGAAAAAGUAAAGACAAAGGAAUGAAGUGACUUUGCAGUUUUCACCCAUUAUCUCUACUUGCUGCUGGACAAACCAAGUUUUAGAAGGAAUGGAAUCAGUUACAUUGUGUUUAUUAUUAAUAAUCAUAAUUAUUAUUAUUCAUAAGAUUUUUUUGUGCCCUUUGAAAUGUAUUUUUUAAGUAACAUAUCCAAGUUCUUUGCAUCCUGCUAUUUGUAAGUAUUACAGGUCCUUUUUUUUGGUGCUGGAAUGAAGAGGUGCAGUGAUGUACUGCAACAGCAUUGUCCUGUAAUUGUUUUUUAGCAUGUUUUUGCAGCCAUCUUUUUAAUAUCACAGUCCUAGAAAUCCCAGUCAUAAACAAUGAUAGUUCUCUUAGAUUGGUUAGCAUAGGUAUAUACAAAGGUGGAGCCCAGUGGAAGUCAGAUGUCCUCCUGGAGAUCAUAUCUGCCUUGCACAGUCACUGGUUUUUAUGUUUCCUGCUUGUUGAAUCCAUUACAAUCAAAGCUCUUUAGGCUAGAUCUUUCUUAGAUACUCGUAGAACGCUGCUGACAAUUAUGAAAAGGUUAAAUAAUUUGGUUUUCUCAGAUUUCCACUAGAGAAAAAAUGGAAUUCAUUAUGUACAGCUGAAAAUCUUUCUGUUUUGUUUCUAGGGCAGAGAUGAUAUAAUACAUGAGAAGAUAUCACAGAGGUGAUAUAAUACAUGAGAAGAAAAUGCUUUGGUAGGCAGGAAAACUGAGACACAUUUUGGUUUGAAGCAGCACUGUGUUGUUGGGAUGGGAUAAACUGUGAGGGAGUUUAUUUCUUUGAACAGUAGGCAAGCAUGGCAUGACUGCUGGAGCACUGGCACAGUGCCCGGAGAAGAUGUGAAUGCUCCAUCCCUGGAGGGCUCAAGGCCAUGUUGGAUGGGGCCCUGGGCAGCCUGAGCUGGCAGGUGACAAUCCUGUCCAUAGCACAGGGUUGGAACUGAAUAAUCUUAAAUGUACCUUCCAACCUAAACCAUCCCAUGAUUCUAUGAUUCUAUGAUUCUAUGACUCUGGUUCUUGCAUAAUAGAAGUUAGGUGGCUCUGUAAGGAUUAUGAUCUAAUCUCAGUACUUUCUCCUUUGAUGAGAUGCAACCAGAAUAUGUAUUUUAAAAAUUUAUUCAGUAUUUUACUUUCAUCUCUAGUGUUCUGCAGUUAUUUGGUGUUUCUCUCUGGAAUUCAUUGGCAGUGCCCAAGUCUGCAGAUGCUCAAGUCUUUGAGUGUUGCACUUGGUACUGCACAGUGUUCCCAUCCUUGCCAGAGAGGAAGAAAGCAGAGAAGCAGUCAGGUCAGGUCAUCCCUUCUGCAUUUCCUGACUGCUGCUCUGUCUGCCAGUUGUUCAGUGUUUGUUGUUUUUACCAAGUAGCAGAGAUGGAUACAGGCAGCUCAUAUUACUGCAGGAGUAUGUUGUGAUCAUUGAUAAUCCCCCAACCCAAAUUUCUAGCUCUAUUUUUAUUUAUUUAUUUAUUCUUUCUUUCUUUACAACCUCCGUUGUAAGUAUUACCCAAUUCAGUCUAGCUGUAGGCAAUGCCCCGCUAUUAGCUCCAUAGUCCCAUGUUAUCCUGUAUGCGGUUUUUCUCAUCCCCAGCAUCAGGCUGCAGCCUCCAGAUGCCCUGUCAGCCCUUUUGGCUGGACCAGGUGUUUUGGUCCUUUCUCUCAUUGCCCAUUCUUGCAGAGCUCCCGUUUCCUGGAUAUCAAGAAGGCCAGAAGCCCAAUGGUGUGCUGAGAGGAGAAACUGAGGAGCAGUGAGACUUACUCCAAAUGACUGCAAAAAUCUUGCAGAGAAGGACACACUGCUACCUUAUCUCACACUGUGGCCACUAGUGUGGAUUUCUAUCUGGGCAUCCUGAAAUGUGCUUAAACACAUAAUGACAUGUUGGGUGCUUGUAGAAUUCAGCAUAUGAAAAAUCAGUAGUUAAGGUGGGGUUCAUCUGCAGAGUAGGAAACUUGGACAUGUACACCUAUUUGACCAGGACACUUCCCUGCCUACAUAUGUGCUAGAUGGUUAUGGUCCAUGUUUCCAUGUUGUGGUCAGUGGUGAGACCUUAUCAGAGCUUUCAGUGAAGACUGGAGAGGAUUUCAACCCAAGCAGAUAUGACGUGAUUGGCCAGCCUCAUAGCUGGAGGAUCUCAAACCACAUUGGCUAAAUCACUUCGUUGGAAGGGAGUUUAGACAUCCAGGCAGUGUUCUAAUCUGGAGCAGAAUCUUUCCUUCAAGCCUUUUUUAGAUCUAUCUUUCGGGUUCUGCCACUACUCCUUGUUCUGUCGCCAGUGAAUUCAUCUAGCUGUACCAUGGGAAAUAAAACAACUGAGAUCCGUGUCAAGUAUGAAAACAUACUCAGCCAUGACAUCGAAGAGCUGGUAAAUAUGUCUGCAGAGUAUCGUGACAGAUGCUGCAGGAAUAAAAGACACGUGUUCUUCUGCAAUGAUACUCAGGAAAUAGGAUCACUACAGAGUAUGGCAUGUAAUAUGCUCAGAUUCUUUAAUAAGCAAAAAAUCAACAAAGAAUUUAGAAGGAAAGCAGCGUUAGUCUCAUGUGGGACAUUACAGGUUCUACAGUGCAAAUGUGAAAGACAUAAAAAAGAAAAGGUUUGCACGCAGGUAAAUGUGCCUAAUAAUGAAGAUACAGAAACGGUUGAACAACAGAAAAAGAAAUGCAACCAAGAAUUUUGCGAACUGAAAGAAAAUAUAUCUAGCCUUCGAUCCUGCUGGAAUAAAUUUGAAAAAAUAAUUUCAAGGUGAUUACAAGUGAAUCUUUUUCUUUCAAAGUGGCAUUACUUGGUACCUUGGCAUUUUAUAUGCAUUCUUCAAGUUACUCUGUUUGCUUAUACGAACACCUUCCGCUGGUUUUGGAUGGAAAGCUACUGUACUUUGUUCCUAGAGAUGGAAUAAACAGAAACGGCUAAACCAAGCCACUGAAGCCCAAGAAGGGGAAAUAAGAACCGGUGUUUGAAACAAGGAACUCCAGAGAAGGCUGCAUGCCACCUUCAGGUUCUUGAAAGUACUCUUCAUUUCUUGAUCUUUUGAGUGACUGCACGAUACCUUCAUAUGACAGAGAUCUUCUUAAAUGUCUGCUGCAAUGUAUAAAACAAAGUAGAAGCUGCAGGCGCCCAAACCAGCCAGCUUCUAUCAGAAUGAACAAUUUACCAAACAAGCAGCAGCUCUUGAGACUGCUCUGCUGUUGUCAUGAUGUUUUUAGUGUGAGUAUCCAUGGGUUUUCAAACAGAUUUAAGUUUGAAAAGUAGGAAAAGUGGACUUUUUCAAAAGCCUUUGAAGGGUGCUGAUUUUUGACAGCGAGUGAGGCAUAUGGAAAAUGAGGAAACAGGAUGCCCAAAUGUAGGCCUGCUCAGCUGACUGCAAAUAGCAAUAGCCUUAUGCGUUUGGUUAUCCUAGAAGUAGUUGACAGAGGACCUAGAAUUUCUUACCUUUGGACCGUGAUUUCUUAUAUGCAAUUAUUUUAUAUAAUGUGUUUAACAUGUUAGAUGAACAUGACUUAAAAUGUGUGAAUGUUUUCAGAGAAUAAUAUAUUGGCAUUUAACUAAUGAAGUGUUCAUAUUUAAUUUUGGAUAAACAGAAGUAUUUUUAUAGUUGUUUUUAACUCUUUUGCAUUUUCUUACUUUGUUAUAAUUCCUUUGGUAAUAAAAUAUUUGCCUUCUAUGGAAUUGGGCUGUUAGCUUUUUGGCUGUUACUCCUUUUUUUUUCACCCUUUUUCCCCACUAUUAGUCAUUGAAAGAAUAGUUGCUUUUGUAACCUCUAGCUGCUUGGGAAUUCCCAUUAUAAGAAGUCAAUUUUUUAAUUGCUUAUAA